GGCAGAUUGACGAAGUACACUCUGAGGGGAGCAGCAGUUUGAUCUGUAGGUGUGGAAGUUGCUAUGUUAACAUUGCUUGUCCUUGGAGUAUUACUUCAUGACAUCUCUCUGAGUGGCCAACAUGAGUCUCCUCCCAAGACAGAGAGCACCACAGGCACCCCGCUGUUCGACUAUGCCAGCAUCCGUCUUCCAGAAGAGCACAUUCCUUUCUUUUUGCACAAUAACAGACAUAUUGCCACUCUUUGUAAAAAAGACUUACAUUGUCCUUAUAAGAAACACUUAGAAAAUCUAAAGUAUUGCUGGGGCUAUGAGAAAUCCUGCAAACCAGAGUACAGAUUUGGUUACCCUGAUUGCAGCUAUGUGGACACAGGAUGGACCGACACCCUUGAGUCAGCACGGGACCUCUUCUGGAGACAAGCUGAUUUUGGAUAUGCAGGCGAGCGGCUAGAAGAGAUGCAUGUGCUGUGCUACCCUCAAGAAAUGAAUGACUCAAGUCUGGUGUGUUCCCGUUAUCUUCAGUACUGUAGAGCAGCCCAUCUCUACCUUGAUUUAAGAAACAUCAAGAGGAACCAUGACAGAUUUAAGGAAGGUUUUUUCCAGAGUGGUGCAAUUGGAGGCCACUGCAAACUUGACAGUCGGACAUUGAUGUCUCAAGGUCAGCGUAAAAGUCCUCUGCAAUCGUGGUUUGCUGAGCUGCAAAGCUACAGUCAGCUCAACUUCAGACCUAUUGAAGAUGCUAAAUGUGACAUCGUUAUUGACAAGCCAACCUACUUCAUGAAAUUAGAUGCAGGUGUUAACAUGUAUCACCACUUCUGCGAUUUUAUCAACCUUUAUAUUACUCAACACGUUAAUAAUUCCUUCAAUACAGAUGUAUACAUCGUGAUGUGGGACACAAGCUCCUAUGGGUAUGGUGACCUAUUUUCAGAGACUUGGAAAUCAUUUACUGAUUAUGAUGUUAUACAUCUGAAAACUUAUGAUUCCAAAAGGGUAUGUUUUAAAGAAGCUAUUUUUUCAUUACUCCCCCGCAUGAGAUAUGGACUGUUCUAUAACACCCCCUUGAUAUCUGGCUGUCAGAAUACUGGAUUAUUCAGGGCAUUUUCCCAGCAUGUAUUAUACAGACUGAACAUCACACAAGAGGGGCCCAAGAAUGGAAAAAUCCGAGUCACCAUUCUUGCACGGAGCACAGAAUACCGAAAGAUCCUAAACCAAAAUGAGCUUGUAAAUGCACUGAAAACAGUAUCUACAUUUGAAGUCCAGAUUGUUGAUUACAAGUAUAAGGAACUUGGGUUUUUAGACCAGCUAAGGAUCACUCAUAACACUGACAUAUUUAUUGGAAUGCAUGGAGCUGGUCUUACCCACUUACUUUUCCUUCCAGACUGGGCUGCUGUGUUUGAAUUGUACAACUGUGAGGAUGAGCGCUGCUACUUUGACCUGGCCAGACUGAGGGGUGUCCACUACGUCACUUGGCGAAGGCAGAACAAGGUCUUCCCUCAAGAUAAGGGCCACCACCCAACGUUAGGGGAGCAUCCCAAGUUCACCAACUACGCUUUUGAUGUAGAAGAAUUCAUGCACCUUGUCCUUCAGGCCGCAGACCACGUAUCUCGACACCCCAAGUGGCCAUUUAAGAGAACACAUGAAGAGCUGUAAUUGCCUUGAGUCUGUGCAGAAGGAGUGUUUAAAUGUUCUACCAGACACACUGAAAUCAGUAAAAUAGUGUGUUAUUUCUUAGCUCUUAAAUUACCGUUUCGAUGCCAAAACAUCCCUUCAGGGUAUUACUUAUGUGUUUCAUAUUUUUCAACUGUUUUAUAUACCUUUUGUGUCAUUGCUAUUUAUCGAGAUACUAUUUUUGUACUGAAAGCUGUACUUUGUAUAGUUCAAAAACUGGGCAUAGGCAUGCUAGUAUAGUUGAAUUUUCUUAAGGAUACCCAAGUUUUCGACUUUCUUAGCUUUAGAGUUUAUAAAUGUUUUUGUAGGGUAUCUUGUGACUGGAAUUUGAGAGACUUCCAACUUGUUUAUGAUACAUUAUGACAUAUUUGAGUCAAUUCACAACACAAUUUACAAUUGGCCAGAAUUUGCUCAUAACAUUGUGCUAGAAAAGGGAAAUAGACACCAAACACACACACACACACAUACACACACACACACACACACACGUGAUUCUCCACUAAUGUGGGCCCAGGCUACUGGGCCAUGUGAUACAUCAAGUAGAGUAUGAAAUACUGUUUUAUUCUAUCAGAGUCAAACUCCCACUCAAUUUUCUGCUGUUUUUUUUUUUUUUAGCACUAAAAACCUGGAUAAACCAUACUGUUAUAGUAAAUUAUGUUCAUAUGUAUUUCAUAUGCAAAGCAUAUGUCCCCAAAUGUAACAACUGCAUAUGAUAAAAACAAACUAGAACAUUCUUCAGGGUGAUUUUGUGUACCGUACUGAUUUCUUCUUAGGGAGAAUUUUGCGUUGAAUAUAUAUAUCAAGGUGGUUUCCAUUGUGCAGGUCACUGCCUAGACAGUGAAUAUGUGCCUACCUCUUUUAGCAUGGAAAUAUUCCAGCCUUUAAGUUUGCAAACUGCAAGGUAGCCCACGAAAAGUAUUUCCCUGUAAAGACCUAAGAAAGUGCCAUUGAUUAAAAAGAAUAGCAGAAAUCCCACUCUUUGAAUGGGGUUUGUUUCUUUCUCUUCAUGAACCUUCAGUCUAGUAAUCAAAAACCAUGGCUACAUUUUUCUAUAAAAUGUGAAGUUUACAUUGCAUUGACACUUGAGCAGUCUAAUCUAGAGAAAAACAAUUUCUAUUUUUAAAUAAGGGAUUAGUAAAUUACAGCAGAGGUAAGAUUUUUGUCAUGUUUUAGAAUUAUAAAUAACAAAUAUACAAUAGAAAAGUGACCUGAGAAAUCUAAAAUAUUUAUUUUCUGAUCUUUACAGAACAAAUUAGCUGACCCCUGCUUGAAGGGGUUAUGAACCAUCUCCUGGCUUUAGAAAUAUUUAUUGAAAUAUCUUUACAGAAAAUAGUCAAUCACUGUAGCAUUAGCUUUAAUUUGUAUCUUAAAACUGUCUAAGAAAGAAUGACAACAUACAAAUUUUUCAAUGACAGCUGUCACUGCUUUUCUUUCUACAAAAACUGUGUAAUCACUCUGAAAAUAUUCCACAGGAAAGGAAUUGGAUAAGCAGUGUUGCACUUUUAGUCAGAGAGAGAAAUCUGAAAAAAUCACUGCGAAAAAAAGUUUCAACAUUUAUCUUUUUACUUCAUUGAGGAAACGUGUGGAAAUAUAAUCAUGUAGAUGAAUGAUGAUUUCCAGAAUUGAGAACAGUUUCUUUAUAAAGCUAUUACAUUGGACUGUUUUGCUUUGAAAGAGAAUACAUUUUGUAAGCAAGAAUGUACAUUUGACACUUUAUGGAAUUAACUUUUAUUGGACUUUUUCGUGGGAACAAAAGAAAUUUUCUAAAUUAUAGAAAUUAAAUGUAAAGACUACUCUUUUUACUGAUGAAGUCUUUAAAAGAGAUGCAUUUCACUGUACAUUUUGGAUAAGGCUUUGGAAUAAAUAUUUAU